CAGGUGUAGGCCUAGGGUCAAACGAAUGAUGGAGCUCUUUAGUAUUGUCGGAUAGAUAUCUACUUCCGAGCAAUCAUGGCGGAUCCGAAAUAUGCUAAUCUUCCCGGAAUCGAUGUGAAUUCCCCAGAUGUUUUUGAAUCUAGUGAUUUACCAGAAGCUGAACAGAAUCUAGUCAGUGGUCCUGAAGAAACAGACAGUGAAAAUAUUGAGAGAUUAAAUAUCAACACUGAUAAUGCCUUUAAAGUUUUCAAAGGGAAAUCCAUAUCAACAGGAAAAACAGAUUUUUCAGAUAGUGUUGGCAAGUCAAGAACAAUAGGAUAUUUUACUGACAGAACUGAAUAUGAGCUGGCUGAAGCUGGAAGUAAACAAGAAACACUGCAGCAAAAGUUUCAACGCCUACAACAUGAAAUUAGAGAGCUAGCUGAUGAAGCUAGCAAAGUUAAGGAGACAGUGAAGGACACUGGUUCAGGGGAGUCUCUGUCACCAGUGGCUAUAGGCAAACAGCUGGAGUAUCUCCAGCAUCAACUGGCAGAUCUUCACCUGGAAAAGCUGCUUGGCCCUGAAGCUAAUGUUGACCUAGCUGAUCCACAGGGGGCUUUAAAAAAACGCCUGCUGACCCAGCUAGAAAGUUUCCAGCCUGGAACACAGGGCAAAGGAAAGGAGAAGGGAGCCGGGGAGAGUAAAGACAAGGACUAUAUAUUGUAUGAGCUCUACUACAGACCUGAGCAGUCACAGUUCAGUAAAAACGCCAAGCUUGCAACCUUAGAAGAAAGACUAGAGCGGCUUGAAAGUGUUAUAGGCAAGAGUUUUGAUAAAAUGAAUGUGUUGACAGCUGAUAGUGAAAACAAAUCUUUAAUUGGAGCUGUGGCCACACUAAACUCCAAGCUCUCAUUGUUAGAUGCCACCAACACAGAAACUGUGGAAGCCCGACUCAAUGCUGUCCUACAAAAAAUGCAACUAAUUGCUGAGAAAAAAGAGAAGGAACCCCAAGCAGACCCUGAUAAACAAAAAAAGAUUUCUGAACUGUAUGAUAUAGUGAAGAAAUGGGAGGCCACAGCUGAAACAUUGCCACAGGUGGUAGACAGACUGGUCUCACUGAAAGAUCUACAUGAGCAGGCUCUACAGUUUAGUCAAGCCCUUUCCUUCCUAGACACAGCCCAACAGGAGCUAAAGGCCAGCAUUACAGCUCACAGUGACAUGCAGAAACAGCUUGGCUCCAGCCUGGCAGAAAACAACAAGAUAGUCCAGCAGAACAUUGAGAGCAUCAGCAAGAGGUUGGAUGCCUUAAAGAAAUGAGGCGCCUGCACUGUAGCUUUUUAUUUAUUGGUUUCACAGCAGUCCUCAGUUACAUGUCAGUGAAUUCUUCCAUAGGAGUAUGAGUAAAUCAUUGGGUCUUCAUAGUCUCCAUCUUAAAUCUUUUAAAAAAAAGUGUUUUGUCUUGUGUACAGUCAGUAAUACAAAAAUUAUAAAUACUAGAAGAAACGAUUUAGAUUUUAAUAGUGUUGUAGGUCUCUGAACAAAUCAUCUGGGCUUGGUAAAAUUAGUAUGAACAAAAUCUAUUGUCUGGCUGUGAUACAUUCUUUGUGUUCAUUAAACUUCCUUCUGUUGAUACAAUUAGUUUUUAUACAUUGGUAUACUUAAGGUUUUAAAUCUUGCUUCCACCCUUGUUAAUUGACCAAUGAGGUGAAAAAGUCAAGUUUUGAAAUGUCUGAAGACUUGACAGUGUUUCUGGUAGUCACAUGAUUGGUAAUAAUUUACUCUAGCUGGCUGUGGGUUAGCUUUCCUUGUGAACCACAAGUUGUCUGCCCCUUGUAUCUUCUAUAUCGGCACCCAAGGUGCUCAAAGUGCAAUUUUAUGUUAGCUUCUAUGUCAAUUAUUGUUGGUUUUGUCUUGUGGGGUUAGAACACCAUAAUGUCAUGUACAUGUUUCUUUUCUAGUGGACUUUUUAUGUAGUUUCUAAAACUUGGUAAUUUAAAGCAUCCAUUAAUUUAGUUCUGAUUUGUAUGGUUUUAAUUGGAUGGACAUAACACAGGAAUAAAAUCUUGCACCUGUAGAACAGGUGAGAUUGGUUGCUCACCUGGUCUGAUGAUCACAUGACCAAACAUUUCCAUGUAGUGAACAGAUGACACUCUGGUGUAAGAGUCAUCAGAAUUUGAUGGCUGGUGUCUUAAUGAAGUCUGUGGUGCUCAUUUAUUUUAGCCCCUUCUGGUGUAUGGUGUAGACAUCAAUUAAUUUUAAUUAAUUAAUAUGCUUUUUUUAAAUUUAUAGUUCAUGUACAUCCAUUGUACAUCCAUGUAUCUUUUAAAAUUUCUUGUGGAUUAAAGUACUUGACUUAU